GUUUUUUUUCCCUUUUUGAUAGUGUAGUUUACAUCCGAAUUUUUCUCGGUGAUUGUAUAGAGUCCUAUCCAUAGGGAGUAUAAUUUCUUUGAUCGUCAUCUGCGAUCUGCAACAGUUUCAUCGUGUAAGAGAACCUUUUCUCCUACUUUAAAUGCGGUACUUUUCGUCUUUUUGUCGUAAUUAUCUCUGGCUUUAAUUUUCUCAUUUUUUAAAUGGUUCUUCGCGAUUUGUUGUGUACCACGUAAUUUUUUUUUCAAUUCUUGCGCGUAGUCGUUGUACGUAUAGGUAGGCUUUGGGGGUUGUGACAGUAGUUACAGUCGUAGCUGUCGUGAUUCGUAAUGUAAUACCAUGUGCGGUUCCGCGUAUCGCGACUGUAUGUCCAGCGUGCUGUGUUUAAGAGAGAGGAGUUUUAGUGGAUGCAAGCCUCACAUAUCCCGGGUGGUCGGCCCCCGGUUGAAUGCGCGAGGCAUUUCCCCUCUUCCUACGGAAAUAAAAAAAAAGUUACAGUCGUAAUGUCGCUUGGUGUCCGUAGAUUAACUCGAUCAUCGUAAAUCCUACGAAAUUAUUUUCGAAGUUUUACAUUUUAACCCUUUGACUGCUAACAGCGCCUAUGGGCGACCUCACCCUGGCGAAAGUCUUCACUGUGUACUAACGAAUUUUAAUCAAUAAAUGUUACAGUCGGUAAUGUAAAUAGCGUACAAGUUUUAAACAAGUUUUAUAAAAGAUAACUUUCAGACGUCUUGAAGGCUUUUUAAGAUGUCUCUUGGUAAAGUCUUAAAAACGUCUUGUUUUAAGGGACACACAUGUUGUCUGGGGAUCUAAUUUUUGGUCUGUGAAACACUGAUAGUACAACAUCGAAUAAUAAAAAUAAGACUUAUCACGUAAUAAUUCAGAACGUUUAAAAAAUCGUAAAAAAUAUCUGAUAAAUACUAAUGUCAUUAUAGUCCAACAGUAUUAUCGAGAUGUUUUCAAGUAUGAUUGAACACUUUUUCGUUACAAACUUCCUGAAUUAUGAGCCAAUUUUAACUUGAUUGAGCGUUUUCACGACCGAAAUUGUGCCUUAUUGUUUUCUUUUAUCAAUCUAUAUUAUUCCACAGGUUCACCUAACUCGGCGUCUCAAAACCUCCUCACCACCCUACCGCGGGGUGGAUCAACCCUCGCAACUGCGCAGGUGUAUCGCACCGGCUCACCUUCUUAUCAACAUCUCCGAAAAGCCAGUCACGCCAGAAGGAAGGUCUGGCUCGCUUUACAUCUUCCUCUUCGCACCUUUCCCUUUUCUUCAUUUUCCGCGAAUAUCGGUUCGGAGACAAUACAUCAUCCCCCCGCUCUUUUCGAUCAUCACCACCUCGCAUCCUUCGAAAGGGCAAUCGUUGGGUAGGACGAUGCGAUGGGCGAAGGCAAAAGCGACCGUCCCGGCAAAAGGCAAAGACCCUCCACUCGCCGCGUCGGCAAGGCGUCCUCGGAUUCCGAGGUAGCGCACGGUAAGGGCAAGGGCAAAGGGCGUAAGAGCAAGACCAAGGAGAGAUGGCCGUUUCUCGAGGAACUGACGGUCGACGAGUUGGCCCGUUAUCGGAGGAAACGCGUGCAGGAUCGACCGAAGGACAAUCUGCAGUCUCAUCCGGAAUCGGAAGACCAGUGUUCCGGUUCUGAAUAUCAACGCGCGUUCGGUGCGAAUGUUAAAGAGCUCUCUAAGGAAAAUUUCUGGCCUGAGGAUUAUAUACGCGUAGAUGGAACUCCCGAAAAUGCGCAAUCUUCGUAUUGCAUGGAUCUUAAAGAACACGAAGCUGAGAUCGAGGAUCCAUCUGAAAAAAAGGAGAGUGAUUCCGCCCAAGUGGUUCAUGAAAACGAAGUAAUGGAGACGGGAGUUCCGCAAUUCGAAAGUUCAUUCAGACGUCCAUCGUUCAGAAGGGGUACCAGCUUGAAGUGCGAGGGUGAUUUUUAUACCAAUACGGAAACAUAUUCUGCGUAUAGGCCUUAUGAGGGCCAGCAUCGUACUGAGCUUAUACGUCGACCUACGUCCUUGAAAAUGGAAGGCGAUUUGGACACUAUGACGGAGAAAUGCGAGAAAUUUAUCGAGUGGCUCAACGUUAGCCGACCGGAACUCAUGCGUGUACCCACUCACCUGAAGAUGGAGGGUGAGCUGGAAACGGCGACGGAAAAUCAGGACAACUACGUCCCGUUCGUGGGGGUACGAAGGCCGGAAUUGUUGAGGCGAAGCACGAACUUAAGGCUCGAGGGAGAUACCUACUUCGUGCCAGAAUAUACCGAUGUGUUUAAAGACCACAGCGUGAAAGAUAAACUGCAGCCACAAAAACCUCAGAUACAUUUAAAAGCUGGGGGAGACUUUUACCAAAACACAGAGAGCACCGAAAAUUUCGUUCAUCCUUGCGUUAAACAGGCACAAGAAAUGGCUGAACGGGCUAAAGACAAUAAUGAAGAAGCCAGAUGGAUGAGAGGUCAAGAGGAGGAGGAGGAGGAGCGACGGAAGGAUGAGGAGAUGAAAAUGUUAGUGUCAAAGUUAGAAGAUCUAAAUGGUCGGCCGCUGGAAAUUCCCGAGUAUCGUGACGCAUACAAGGAUUAUCCACGUGAACGACCGAAGAUCGCGAAGCCGGAUGUCGAGAUAGGUCGCGCUGAUGGCUCAAAGGUGACCUCGCCAUCGCGCUCCAAGUUUUCCAUAAAGAUCGACCAGGAUCCAGAGUAUCAGUCCAAGUAUCUCGAGUAUCCCCGAGAUCGUCCAAUCUACCGUAAACCACCGGCGCUGCUGCGACCGACGGGAGUGUCUUCUUCCGGUCGUAGUAGCGUGUGCUUCGGCAAACCGACUCAUCAGGAAUGUCGUGCGUUUGAGUAUGAGCCUACUAGCGAGGUGAGAUCGCAGUAUGUUCCCUAUGGAUACGUACCGAGGGUCGAAACGCUGAAGAUGCCGGCUAAUCUGCGGUUGGAGGGUAAUCUUGAGCUUCAGCCGGAAUACAGGAACGUUUAUUGCGCAAGAUACGAUCGUCAAGGUUCCGAUGAACUUAGAACUACUUACGGCAGGAGCGAUCGCAGUCCAACAAAGAAAGAGCAUUACUGGUCGAGCAGUGGCGGUCGGUGCGACAAAAUGAACGUCGCGCAGGGACAGGACGCUUUUUGCGUAUUAGACACGCGGAUCCAUGAAGAUAAUGUCAUUGGGAAACCGCCGCCCGCUAGUAGAAGAAGCUCCAAGUUGUCUCAAGCCGCAGCGGCGCCGAGACCGACGCAAUUGGAACUGACGGAUCGUGCGAUUGUCACGAGAACGCGAUCUCCCAGUCCAACGUAUCGUCUGCACGUCUGCGAUGUCGACAAUGAACGGCGAGGAUUCGGUCGACUCGGACAGUCUUCCGGAAGAGUACGCAGCCCUUCGACCGACCGUGUGAUUCAGGACGACGUCGCGAGACCAUAUUCGCCGAGCUUCGGCAGAGCUAGGCAAGAUCGUCGCGUUAACGAUCAACCAUUCGUAAUUUUAGAUAACGCCUCGAAGAGCGUAUCAGGUAGAAGUAGCGAGCGCAGAAAACGUACCGACAGAAGCCUCGAUGUUCCGGUACCGGUCUCUCGAGGAAGACCUAAAACGCCAUCCAGAUGGAUGCCGCCAUGGUACGACAAUACGAAUACGAUCUAAAGUCUGAUCGAGAAUAUGAAAAGAUAUAUUCUAUUAAAUCAUAAACGAAACUGCCGUCUGAAACUUUUACGUUAGGUGAUGGACAUAGAACUGACGGCAAAUUUAACACUGCCUAUAUCUUUACGUAUAAAAUAACUGGAAUUAACCAGCCAAAUUUAUUUUUAAGUACUUAUGUAUACUAGAGAGCUGAAGCUGCUACUAAUCUUUAAACGUGAUGAAAUCAAUCUUUGGAAGAUAUGUUUUUCUAAUGCUAGAUUCAGAUAUUUUGUUUUCAUUAUGAGAAACACAAACGAUCUUAUUACUAGAAAGACAGAACUCGGAAUAGAUCACAUUUUGAUCUAAAUAUGAGGUAAGAACGAGUAGAUUUAUAUCCAUAUUAUGUACAAAAAAUUGUUAGAGACUCUUAUCUGGUUUAAUAUGCCGAGCUAAUUAAUUGUUAUAAACAGUAGAUAAUAAGUUACCUUAUUACUGCCAUUUGUUAAUCUGUACGAUCAAAUAAAUAUAAAUAGUAUAUAAUAAGAUAUACCUUAUUACUGCCAUUUGUUAAUCUGUACGAUCAAACAAAUAUAAACAAUACCCAGCUUCAAGUGGUCUUUUUUGAAGCAUCGUCUUAUUUCGUCGAUAUUAAAAACACGUUACACGUUGCACUGUUAAAGUCUAUAUAUUAAAAAUUAUUAGGCCAUUUGAUACAUUUGAUGAUUCACUGAGAUUACUUUUUAGUUUUCUUAUUUUAUUCUCUCUUGCGUUACUGAAGAAAUUUAUUCUUGAAGACUGAAGAACGUUGUUUUCUGAAAUAUAAUCAUCUAUGAGCAGUUAAAUUGACACAUUGAUUCUAUGCAUAUUAUUUCUUUAUGUGCUUAUCGAUAUCUUUGCUGUAUAUUCUUUCAUAUAUAUUAUGUUUUGUUAUUCAUGUUUGAUAAACGAGUUCCUUUUCUUGAUAGAAAUUAAUACGAUUGGUGGUCGAUAACUUCAACUCAAAAUCAGAUAAAUGAAGAUACGUCUCAUACUUUCAUAUAAUUGUCGAUCUACACUACGAGAUUUAUUUCCUUCAGAGGAUUAUUACUGCAAGACAGAGACGUUACAAAUAUCAAGGAAAGGAUCUGUUUGGACUGAUCACUUUGUUCUUUACAUUGUAUUUGAUACAGCUUACUUUCAUUGUAUGAUCUUUAUUUAUACGAUACAUAUUUUCAAUUGAGAUACAUAUUCGAAUACACAGCCUCAGAACAGUCUAUAUCUUAGUUUUUUGUCUAGCUUCCUCAUCAAAUCAUUUGACCUGGCUCAUGCGUGAGCUGGUACGUAACACUGGCUAAAUUCUUAUCAGCUCUUAACUAUAGUAUGAGAAACACAUGUCUUGACACAUAAAUAGUAGAUAAUAAGAUACUUUAUUACUGCCAUUUGUUAAUUUGUACGAUCAAACAAAUAUAAAAUUGUUAGAGACUCUUAUCUGGUUUAAUAUGCCAAGCUAAUUAAU